CUAUGCAAUAGACAUCAGCAGCAGCCACAACUUCAGCCCAAUGUUAGCCCCAGCAUUGCCUGUUUUCCUGGGAGUGGGACUGACACUUCUCCCCUGCUCCAGGUCCAGAAGGUGGGCUCCAACAAGGCCCCUGGACUCCUGCCCCCCAUUUACAGCCCCCUCAGUGGCAUGGAGAGCUCCAGCCUCUGCAUCCCCUCUUCCCACACAGGCAGCAGCCAUGAUUACAGCCCUGUAGCCUUCUGCAACCACUCUACGCUGGGCAACAGCAGACCAACCAUCUCUGACAGCUACUCUCUGUGUCCCCCACUCAGUCCCCACCUCUUCUGGCCCUCCAAUGACCACGGCCAGCACAACAUGCCCCUGCUGACCCAGCACUGUCCCCAACCCUUGCCGUACAGCAAUCCCAACCACCACGCCCCCUUUGAAGAGCCUAAACCCCACAACCUCAACCUCACCCCUAGCAGGUAGCUACGACCUUCCAGCAUCUGACAUGUGAUUGAUGUUCCUUCUCAUAGCCCUCUCCUCCACCCUACCAAGCUGCCGGGGGAAAACUUAUGUGCCGUAUGUAAUGAAUACUCUUUGGGCUACCAUUACAGCGUACAGUCUUGUGAGGGCUGCAAGGCCUUCUUCAAGAGGAGCAUCCAAGGGCACAAGGACUACGUUUGUCCAGGGACUAACCAGUGCACUAUCGACAAGAACCUCCGUAAAAUGUGCCGGUCCUGCCGCCUACGCAAGUGUUAUGAAGUGGGCAUGAAGAAGUGUGGUAUGAGGCCGGAGCACUACAGUUACAUGGGGGCGAGGCACAGGCGUGUGCCUCAGGGGCGGGGGGCACCAGGCGGGCUGGUGGGGGUUGGUGCCAGGGCCCAGUGGAAUCUGGGGGGGGGCUCCCUCCCCCUGCUGGAGGGGCACCACUCAUCCCUGACCCCUGAACAGCUGAUAUCCUGCAUCAUGGAUGCGGAGCCGCCAGAGAUCUACCUGAUGGAGGACCUAAAGAGGCCCUUCACUGAAGCCAGCAUGAUGAUGUCACUCAUCAAACUGGCCAACAAGGAGCUGUUCCUCAUGAUCAGCUGGGCCAAAAAGAUCCCUGGCUUUGUAGAGCUGAGUCUGACGUACCAGAUGCACCAGUUGGAGAGUUGCUGGUUGGACGUGCUGAUGCUUGGUCUGAUGUGGAGGUCUGUCGACCACCCUGGGAAACUCAUCUUCUCAGCAGACCUAAAGCUCAACAGGGAAGAGGGGAACUGUGUGGAGGGAAUCAUGAUUAUAUUUGACAUGCUACUGGCAGCCACCACUAGGUUUCGAGAGCUGAACCUCCAGAGAGAGGAGUAUGUCUGUCUGAAAGCCAUGAUCCUCCUCAACUCCAACAUAUGCUCUACCUCUCCGGAGAUGGCAGAGGAUCUGGAGAGCAAGGGGAAGCUGCAGCUUCUGUUGGACUCAGUGACAGAUGCCCUGGUGUGGGCCAUCUCCAAACAAGGCCUGUCCUUCCAGCUGCAGUCAACCCGCCUUUCCCACCUCCUCAUGUUGCUCUCAGACAUCCGCCACGUCAGUGGCAAAGGCAUAAACCACCUCUCCGGCAUGAAGAAUAAUAAUAUUGUGCAGGUCUCCGACCUGCUCUUGGAAAUGCUCACCAACACAUGCCACAGAAGCCGUAUGUCCGCACCUCUUGACCCCUCUAAUCACGACCUCACCGUGCUCCCAGCAGCCCAAGCCCCUGCCCCUGCCCCUACCCAGGCUUCAGCCUCUGCUGUGGACCCCCAGUUCCAGCCACAUUCCCUAUAGCCACCAUCCCAAACACUUGAGAGCAGGUGCUGGCCAGCUGAGGGUAGAUGUAUGCCUCAGUGAGUGGGAAAGUGACAGAAUACAGCGUGGGACAUGGGUGGAGACGUCCUGAGACUGUAAAGCACCCCACAGGGGUGACUGGACAGAAAGAGAGGCCAGACUAGCACUAGGACAAGUGAUGGAUCUGACCGAAGUCCACUCUCUGGGACAGUGGACAUAAUUCUCAAUAGAUUGACAAAGAGAAACUCGUAGAAACACUGCAGAAUGUGUCAUUGUGAAGUAAAUGUAUUUUUUGUGAUUUCCUUAUAAAUAUGUUGUUGGUAAGUGUACUUAUGCAUCUUGAUCAUGCUCUGUCCCUUCUGUAAUGAUGUGGGGCUUGUGCUGUUUAUCUGGUGUUCAAUGUCAAAGCCAUGUUUGUAUUUAUAGAAAACCCACAUCCAGAGAUUGUCAUUUCAAGACAUUUUAGACCCAAUUGAAUUUCAACCAAACAUCUUAUUAAAAGCAGUGGUAAAAUGUGAAUGUAGUUAUAUUGACAUGAGCACAGAUCAUGGAAAACCAUGUUUAUUGUUAAGUAAAAAUUCAUCAUCCAUAAAUAAGCAUUAAAAAUAAAUCUAA